AUGACGCUGUCCCGUGUGGCACGCGCGACGGCGACGGCCGCCGUGGCCCUCGCGUCAUGCUCCAGCGCCCUGGAGGAUGCCCGCCGCAAGGGUCUCCGCCACAAGGCGGCGCUGAAGCCCGAGGAUAAUCUGAAGCUGCCGCUCAACCUGGAGGAUGGCCACGUGCCCCUGUUCGUGAAAUGGGAAAAGUACCUCGGCAAGGACCUGAGUGACGUGAACUUCGUCCAGAUAGGGGGCAACUGCGGCACGAAUCUGCCAGACUGCGCCGUGGGCGGCGAUCCUAUCUGGGAGUACGCUACCCGCUUCGACUGGAAGGGCAUCGUCCUGGAGCCCGUGCCCCAGAUCUUCUCCAAGUUGUCCAAGAACUACCAGCCGUACCCCUCCGUGAAGCCGGUGCAGGCACUUGUGAGCAACCACUCUGGUGUUGGCAGGAUCUUGGACCGUGCGGAGACCUCCCACGAGAUCAGCCUAUCUCGUAAGAAGGGCGUCGAGGUUCCCACGUACACGCUGCAGACGCUCUGGAAGGAUGUGUUCGGCGCGGACAAGGAGAAGGUCGACCUGCUCGUCGUGGAUGCAGAGGGCAACGAGCCGAAGAUCUUGUCGGGCGCGUUCCCGGAGCCGAAGCCACAGCUUGUGCUGUUCGAGAUCGCCAAUCUUCAGCAGGCCGAUCUCGCGGUCAUCGACGCCAAUCUGAAAGAGAAGGGCUACGUCUUGCUGGAGAACCUGGUCCACCAGGACAAGGUGGGGCUCACGAUGGCGCCGCAGGACGCGCUGUACGGCCUGAAGGAGAUGCCGGCGGCGCAGGUCGCGCUGAAGGAGCGCAAGCAGGCGCAGUCCUUGCCGCUCAAGCUGGAGGACGGCCACGUGCCCCUGUUCGUGAAGUGGGAGGAGUACCUCGAGAGCAUGCACGGCGUGAACUUCGUCCAGAUUGGGGGCAACUGCGGCACGAAUCUGCCGGAGUGCGCCGUGGGCGGCGACCCUAUCUGGGAGUAUGCCACCCGCUUUGACUGGAAGGGCAUCGUCCUGGAGCCCGUGCCCAAGAUCUUCUCCAAGCUGACCGCGAACUACUUGCCGUAUCCGACAGUGAAGCCGGUGCAGGCACUUGUUAGCAAUCACUCUGGUGUUGGCAGGAUCUUGGACCGUGCGGAGACCUCCCACGAGAUCAGCCUAUCUCGUAAGAAGGGCGUCGAGGUGCCCACGUACACGCUGCAGACGCUCUGGAAGGAUGUGUUCGGCGCGGACCAGGAGAAGGUCGACCUGCUCGUCGUGGACGCAGAGGGCAACGAGCCGAAGAUCUUGUCGGGCGCGUUCCCAGAGCCGAAGCCGCAGCUGGUGCUGUUCGAGAUCUCCAGCCUGCAGCCAGAGGAGCUGGACGCGAUCGACAGGAACCUGAAGAAGGAGGGCUACGUCCUGGAGAAGCAGCUGAAGCACCAGGACAAGGUGGGCCUGACCAUGGCGCCGCAGGACGCCCUGUACAAGCUGCGCCCAGAGUCCGCGUGA